AAUAGACACGGGGAGUGGUGGAAAGCAGUGUCAUUGGUCACCAACAAAGAAGGAUUCAUCCCAUGCAAUUAUGUUGCCCAAGCUGACACCAUCGAAACAGAAGACUGGUUUUUCAAGGACAUCACGAGAAAGGAUGCAGAGAGGCAGCUGUUGGCACCUGCAAACAAACCAGGCUCUUAUCUCAUCAGGGAAAGUGAAACACAAAAAGGAAGUUACUCAUUGUCCAUCAGAGACUUUGAUGCCAACGGGACAGAAUCAGUCAAACAUUAUAAGAUUAGGAUGCUGGAUAACGGCGGCUUCUACAUCUCUCCUAAAAUCUCCUUCAGUGACAUCGGUGCACUCAUCAAACACUACCGUAACAAACCGGAUGGCCUGUGUCGUAAACUGGACCGUGCAUGUGUGAAACCCAAAGCUCAGAAACCGUGGGAUAAAGAUGCCUGGGAGAUUUCUAAAGACUCUAUUAGGAUGGUAAAGAAACUAGGAGCGGGGCAGUUUGGAGAUGUCUGGUUGGCUUACUACAACAACUUAACAACAGUGGCGGUGAAGACGCUGAAGCCAGGCACCAUGACGGUGGAAGCCUUCUUGGAUGAAGCCAACGUCAUGAAGACGCUGCAGCACGACAGGCUGGUGCGGCUUUACGCUGUCGUCACCAAGAUACAACCCAUCUUUAUCAUCACAGAAUACAUGUCAAAUGGGAGCCUACUAGACUUCUUAAAGAGUGACGAAGGAUGCAAACUGCAGUUGCCCAAGCUCAUUGAUUUCUCAGCGCAGAUUUCGGAGGGGAUGGCGUAUAUAGAGGAUAAGAAAUAUAUCCACAGAGACCUGAGAGCAGCCAAUGUCCUGGUGUCAGAGUGUCUGCUCUGCAAAAUCGCUGACUUUGGACUGGCAAGAGUCAUAGAGGACGACGAAUACUCUGCCAGAGAGG